ACGGCGAGGAUCAUUCAAAAUGUAGUUAGUUACCUUAGGGAACUAAAAAAAACAAGAUUUUUCAAACUGGGUAUUCUGCAUUAGUUUAAAACUCUAGUCUACAUUGGGUUGAAGGGGUGGUUGAAAGAAAAAUUGAUGAUUUCCGUAAGCAUGAAGAAGAACUUAUAUUGGUUUAAAGAGAUUUCUAACAACGUGAGAUCAGGUAGAAGGCUUUCACUUGGGGAAUACAAGCGAGCAGUGUCAUGGUCAAAGUAUCUGAUCUCAUCCGGGGCAGCCAUAAAGGGAGAAGGAGAGGAAGAAUGGAGUGCUGAUAUGUCUCAGUUGUUCAUUGGGUCAAAGUUCGCUUCUGGCAGGCAUAGCAGAAUCUACAGAGGGAUCUACAAGCACAUGGAUGUUGCAAUUAAGUUGGUAAGUCAACCUGAAGAGGAUGAGGACUUAGCUGUUUUGCUUGAGAAGCAGUUUACUUCAGAGGUUGCUUUGCUUUUUCGAUUGCGCCAUCCAAAUAUCAUUACUUUUGUUGCAGCUUGCAAGAAACCUCCCGUUUUCUGUAUAAUUACAGAAUAUUUGGCUGGGGGGUCCUUGAGAAAAUACUUGCAUCAGCAAGGACCACAUUCAGUUCCUCACAUACUUGUUCUAAAAUUAGCCCUUGACAUUGCACGAGGAAUGCAAUAUCUUCAUUCACAAGGUAUACUUCACAGGGAUCUCAAAUCAGAAAACCUGCUGUUGGGGGAAGAUAUGUGUGUAAAAGUAGCAGAUUUUGGGAUCUCAUGCUUGGAAUCCCAGACUGGUAGUGCCAAAGGAUUCACCGGAACAUACCGCUGGAUGGCACCUGAAAUGAUCAAGGAAAAGCGUCAUACCAAGAAAGUAGAUGUCUAUAGUUUUGGCAUAGUUUUAUGGGAAGUGCUAACAGGAUUGACACCAUUUGACAACAUGACACCUGAACAGGCAGCUUAUGCAGUCACCCACAAGAAUGCAAGGCCUCCUUUACCAUCUGACUGUCCAAAAGCAUUUAGUCAUCUCAUAAACAGAUGCUGGUCGAGCAAUGCAGAUAAACGGCCACAUUUUGAUGAGAUAGUCUCAAUUUUGGAGAGCUAUACUGAAGCAAUUGAGCAGGAUCCUGAAUUUUUCUCCACUUACAAACCACGUUCAAAUAAUAGAAUUCUCAGAUGCUUACCACAAUGUAAUGCUGCUAAUUAAUAAAUCUGCUUCUUGCAAACCUUAGGAUCCUCGUUUCAAGAAUGUGACAUGAAUUGUAUCAAAUCAAC